CGGCACAAGCCUCGGAGCAUGGGCGCCCCCGCGUGGGGCCUUGGCGCAGUUGCACCCGCGCCUCAGUCUCCCUUCACCGAGCGUCUGCUAUGUGCUGGGCGCUCCUCUGGGGGCUUGGAAUACAGCAGUGAACGAAACAGAGAGCCCUGCUUACCUCCUAAGAGGAGAGAGAUAAUGAGCACAGACAUAAGGAAUAAGUAAACUAUUCAUUUAGUACCCACUAUGUGGAGGGGGGGAAACCCUGGUGGCAUAGUGGUUAAGAGCUGUGUCUGCUAUCUAAAAGGUCAGCAGUUGGAAUCCACCAGGCGCUCCUUGAAAAUCCUAUGGGGGCAGUUCUACUCUGUCCUAUAGGGUCGCUAUGAGUUGGAAUUGACUCGAUGGCAACGGGUUUGGUUUGGUUCAGGAGGUGCCAGGGGAAACCCCUAUGGCUGCUAACCAAAAGGUUGGCAGUUCGAACCCACCAGGCGCUCCUUGGAAACUAUGGGGCAGUUAUACCCUGGCCUACAGGGUUGCUAUGAGUCAGAAUUGACUCAACAGCAGUGGGUUUGGUUUGGUUUUGGCUAUGUGCCAUGGAGCAAGAUAGGCAUAUUGUUGUUAUUAGCUACCAUUGAGUCUGCCCAAUUCACGGAGACCCUGCGUGUGUCAGAGUAGAGCUGUGCACCACAGGAUUUUCAUGGCUGUGACCUUUCAGAAGUAGAGCACCAGGAAUUUCUUCCAAGGUGCCUCAAACAUCCAACAUUUCAGUUAGAAGUGUGUGUGCUAACCUUUUGCAUUACCCAGGGACUCCAAGAUAGAAACAACCCUGCGCAUAUAUGGAACAUAUGCUGGUAGAGCACAUAAAACAAGCAAGUUAACAAAUAACAUAAAUAGCCAAAUCCCUAUUCCUUCAGGAAGCCUUCCCAGAUUGCUCAGCCUCUGCAGCCCAGCCUGGGCUCCUCUGUCUCUGCUAGGGCCCCCUCAUGGACUGACUUAGCUCCUGCCUGGGGCUGAGCAGGAGGUGGGGACUCCUACCUGGACACCAGUCACAAUGACCCAAUUUUGACAGUUCCGGUGUGGCCCUGAGCACCAUGGGGCCCUUGAGCAGCCCCACUGACCAGGAAUGGAGAGCCCUGGAUCCUGCUGGCUCCCCUCAGUGAUCCCACACGUGGCACUGCCCUGGCUGGCAUCCUGGGAGGUGCUGGCUACUUCCCAUCCAGAGGCUGGGGCCAGGGACACACAGAAUUUAGAGUCACGGAAAGGCCAAAUCCUCACGUCAGGAACUCUGAGAAACACAACCUUCAGGCCCAAAGAACCUUAGUAUUUGAGUAGUGUAGAAUCUCAGCAACUAGCAAUGCAAAACCCACAGCCCCUUAGAAACCUCUUAGGCCUAUAAAACUCCAUCUUUCUAUAGCUAUAGAAUUCUGUAACCACGGAAUCUCUGAAUCAAGACACAAGAGGGUUCAAUCAUUUAAUUCCUUUUUCAUUCAAAACUUAAGCUCAAAAUUUAAGCUCAUGAAAGUAUCUAAAUGUUCUUGGAUCACAGGUUCUCGAGCAUCAAACCUGUGUCACAAAGAUAGUCAGACCCCUGCCACCUUCCCCAACAACCUCCACCUCUGCUGUUUGUCUAACCCAGCCCGACAGUCCCCAGGACAGGAACACCCUCUGCCUCCUUGUCAGCAAACUGAACUCGGACCCUCCUCUUGGCAGCUGCCAUAGAGAAGCCCUUCAACCAGGGUAAAUUGCACUCGACCUGGCCAAGUUGGUCCUGUCCUGGGAGGGUCCCAUGGGGCAGAAAACAGACUGAGCAUGACCCAGUCCCCGGGCCAUCAAGGAAAGGAAUCUCCCAUCCCAGGCUGCCUGUCUGAUGCCUGCCCCCCCGCCUUGGCCCAGGCUGCCCCUGGCACUGGAGCCCAUGCCUGCCAUGCGAGAUGACCCAGCUCCCUGCCAGGAGCUAAAUCUGGGACCUGGCUUCUGUGUGUUCUGGCCCUGCCACUCGGCCUCUGGCGCCUGGUGGGGAGGCCCCUUCCUGGACCUGCGGGCACAGCCACCAUGUCCCACCGGAAGUUCUCUGCCCCUCGGCAUGGGCACCUGGGCUUCCUGCCCCACAAGAGAAGCAGCCGGCACCGGGGCAAGGUGAAGACAUGGCCACGGGAUGACCCUAGCCAGCCUGUCCAUCUCACGGCUUUCCUGGGCUACAAGGCGGGCAUGACACACACCCUGCGUGAGGUGCAUCGGCCAGGCCUCAAAAUUUCUAAACGGGAGGAGGUAGAGGCAGUGACGAUUGUGGAGACGCCGCCACUGGUGGUGGUGGGCGUGGUGGGUUACGUGGCCACCACUCGAGGCCUGCGGAGCUUCAAGACCAUCUUCGCGGAGCAUCUCAGCGAUGAGUGCAGACGCCGUUUCUACAAGGACUGGCACAAGAGCAAGAAGAAAGCCUUCACCAAGGCCUGCAAGAGAUGGCGUGAUCCUGAUGGCAAAAAGCAGCUCCAGAAAGACUUUGCCGCCAUGAAAAAGUACUGCAAGGUCAUUCGCGUCAUCGUCCACACCCAGAUGAAGCUGCUGCCCUUCCGGCAGAAGAAGGCCCACAUCAUGGAGAUCCAGCUGAAUGGUGGCACAGUGGCCGAGAAGGUGGCCUGGGCGCAGGCCUGGCUGGAGAAGCAGGUGCCGGUGCACAGUGUGUUCAGCCAGAGUGAGAUCAUCGAUGUCAUCGCUGUUACCAAGGGCCGUGGCAUCAAAGGGGUCACAAGCCGUUGGCAUACCAAGAAGCUGCCGCGGAAGACCCACAAAGGGCUGCGCAAGGUGGCCUGCAUCGGUGCCUGGCACCCUGCUCGCGUAGGCUGUUCCAUUGCCCGGGCUGGCCAGAAGGGCUACCACCAUCGCACAGAGCUCAACAAGAAGAUCUACUGCAUUGGCCGGGGGCCACACAUGGAAGAGGGGAAGCUGGUCAGGAACAAUGCAUCCACCAGCUAUGACGUGACUGACAAGUCCAUCACACCACUGGGUGGCUUCCCCCACUACGGGGAGGUCAACAAUGACUUUAUCAUGCUCAAGGGCUGCAUCUCAGGCACCAAGAAGAGGGUCAUCACACUGAGGAAGUCCCUCCUGGUACACCACAGCCGUCGGGCCCUGGAGAACAUCCAGCUCAAGUUCGUUGAUACCACCUCCAAGUUCGGCCACGGCCGCUUCCAGACUGCCCAAGAGAAAAGGGCCUUCAUGGGCCCCCAGAAGAAACACCGCGAGAAAGAAAAGCGGGAGACCUCGGGAGACUUCUAGGCGGCGGCGUCGGAUGGACCCUGAAAGACGCGUGGCGCGUCCCCGCCUGCCCCCUCUUGUCUAAUAAUAAAGGCCUGGGGCUGUUCUUCCCGUAGUGUCUCAGGAAUGGGGGGCCCGGAAAGGCUGCACUGGACCGUGGCCCAGGGUUCAAGGCCAAGGACAGGACGAAGGGACGCGGCCCUGAGGGUGGGGCCGUGACCGGCACCCCAAAUCCGGGGCCUGGCCCCAGGUGCGCUCGGCAUUUCACACCUGCGCUCCAGCAUAGCUCAAUGGCGCGUCCUGAAGUUUGGGAGAGGCGGGGC